CAAAUACAGAUACUAUGGACAAGUUUCUUCUCAAAAGAAAAGCAUCAUCAUAGGAUGUUCCGGAAGACAUAAAUUGGGAAGAGGAGAUUCAAUAUGAUCCGGGCAAGAGAAAAUUGAUAGAGCAUGAUCAUCCUAAUUUAAAAGAUCUGGUAAGAAGGAAGUAUUUGUUGAAUGGACCUUGUCAGCCAAGAGAGAUUGAUUUUGAAUCCUCAGAUUUUGGGGGUAAACAGAGAAAGUUCAAUCCCGAAUGGUUUGAUGAAUUUGAGAGCUGGCUUGAAUACAGCGAAGAGAAGAAAAGAGCAUAUUGUUUUCCUUGCUUCUUAUUUAGGGAUCGUAGUCAGAAGAAAGAAGCUGGAUAUGAGGCAUUCGUUGUGAAUGGUUGGAAGAGCUGGAACAUGAAAUCAAGGUUAAAAGAACAUGUUGGUGAGGUUCAAGGUGAAACUUUGAAGGUUGCAUAUUUUGCUCGAUUGAAUGCCGCUAUUGACACAGCUAGACUAUUGCUGAAGCAAGGGUUGCCUUUCCGGGGACAUGAUGAGUCAAAGAACUCGCACAAUAGAGGAAACUUCUUGGAAGUUCGUGACUUCUUAGCUGAGCAUGAUCCAGUUGUACGCAAGGCUGUGGGAAAAGAUGCUGCAAAGAAUUCUCUUAUGUCUGCUCCUGAAGUCCAGAAAGAUAUUGGUGAAGGUUUUGCGCAUGUGAUAGUGCAAUCUAUUCUGAAAGAAGUUCGCAAUAAUGUGUUUUGUUUGCUUGUUGACGAGUCUAGAGAUGUCUCUGGCAAAGAACAAAUGGCUGUGGCCUUGAGGUAUGUUGAUAGUUCUGGGGAUUCUAAAGAAAGUUUUGUUGGUCUUGUGCAUGUGAAAGAAACAGCGUCUUCAUACCUCAAGAGUUCAAUUGAUUCUCUUUUUGCAAAAUAUAAAUUGAGUUACAAUCAAGUUAGAGGACAGGGGUAUGAUGGUGCUAGCAAUAUGCGAGGUCAGUUUAAUGGCCUCAAAUCAUUGAUCAUGAGAGAAAGUAGCACAGCUUAUUAUGUUCAUUGCUUUGCUCACCAGCUUCAAUUAGUUGUUGUGGCUGUGGUAAGAAAGCAUAAAGGAGUUAGUAAUUUCUUCAGCAUGAUUUCUACCUUGCUAAAUGUUGUGGGUGGAUCUUCCAAGCGAAGGGACAUGAUUAGAGAUAUUAAUCUUGAAGAAAUGAGAAAGGCUUUAGGGUGUGGACAGCUUACAAGAGGAACAUGAUUAAAUCAAGAGCAAUGUCUUCAAAGGCCCGGAGACACUCGAUGGGGUUCCCAUGCUAAAACACUUAAGAGUUUGCUUCACAUGUUCAGGUUAGUUGUUAAAGUUCUAGAAUUUGUGGAAGAAGAAGACACUGAUAGAUCAAAUAGAGACCAAGCAAAUGGUCUUCUAGUGUAUUUUCAAUCUUUUGACUUCGUAUUCUAUUUGCAUCUUAUGUUGACAAUCCUCACAACUACAAACACAUUGUCAUUAGCAUUGCAACGGAAGGAUCAAGACAUAGUAAAUGCCAUGAAGUGUGUGAAGUCAACUAGAAUUGUUCUAAAUGAACUUAGAGAAAAUGAAUGGGAAUCUAUGCUAGGUGAAGUUCAUGUGUUUUGUGAGACACAUGAUAUUGUAGAGUUGGACAUGGAAGAAGCAUAUGUUAAUCCAAAAAAGAGAAGGCAGGUAACUGGAAUUACCAACAAACAUCACUAUCAAGUUGAUUGUUUCAAUGAUGUUUUUGAUUGGCUAGUUCAAGAGCUUGACAAUCGAUUCAGUGAGACAUCCACUAAUUUGCUUGUUUGGUCAGCGGCUUUGAGUCCAAGAGACUCAUUUCGUGAUUUCAAUUUGGAGAAUCUUAUGAGUUUGGCUAAACUAUACCCUCAAGAUUUUGAUUCUGGGGAACUGAGAGAUCUUGAUAAGGAUCUACGCCUCUAUAUUGCUGAUGUACGCACAGAUGAUAGUUUUUCCAACAUAGCAACAAUCACUGAGCUUUCAAAAAAAAUGGUGCAGACAGGGAGGCACAUUGUGUAUCCUUUGUUUUAUCGGUUGUUGAAACUAGUAAUUGUCUUGCCUAUUGCCACUGCUACAGUUGAGAGAUGCUUUUCAGCUAUGAAACUGGUCAAAACCCGCUUGUGCAGUCGCCUCAAUGAUGAUAGUUUGAGUGAUGAUCUUAUUUGUUAUGUGGAGAAAGAAGAAAUGAAAAAGGUCACCAAUGCUCAAGUGGUUGAGUAUUUCAUGGCUCGGAGGAACAGAACAUACUAAAGGCAACUUUCAAUUUUUAGCCAUUUAAGUACUUUCA